AUGCACUUCUCCAACGCCGCCGCGCUUGCCUCUGCGCUCUUCUCCACUAUUGCAUAUGCCGCACCAGCCGCUGAAUUUGGCUGGAAGCCGUUGACUGCUACUGUCCAACUUGCCAAUGAUCAAUCUGGCGCCAACGCCAAUGUUGUCAUCCCCAUCGACGGUGUGAAGCGACCCGUCCAGGAGCUCUGGGGCAAUACCGCCGUCGCUCAUAAUGGCCUCGUUUUCGCUUCGAGCGCUCAGCUUACGGCCUACCAGCAGACCACUGUCUGCACCAUCACCGAAGAGAAGCCUCACCUGAGUGCAACUCUUGAUGCUGAGAGGACCUCGGUGUCCCUGGGUAGACCCAUUGUCGACCUCUGCUCUGCUUAUAUUGUUUGCGAAUGCGAGGGCAUGGAUGAGUUUGUUUAA